GCAGUUGUUCAGUGUUGCGCCAACGGUCGUACGGUGAAGAUGUAUGUCGAUUGUUGUUCGUACCGUCGUUUAACCGAAUUUCGCAUUUUUAUCAAUUAACCAACGCGAAAGAAAUCGAACGCGUAUUCGAUGAAAGUUGCCGCGGAGGAAAAGAGGUCGCGCGACGUCGUUCGAACGCGCGUCCGUUAAAGGGUCCGCGCGUUUCUUCAACCCCUUUCAUCGGUAUACGCGACACGAAGAAGACUAGUUUUAUGUAACGUUUUCUGGUGACCUAGAAAAAUAACCGACCAGGCUGGAGCGAUUAGAUAAACCGUGCAGAAAAGGCUGAAACACGGUGUCAGUGAAUAUGAAAUGUCUCAAAUAUGGAAGACUGGGGAAAAGAAAUCUGAAGUUCCAUUGACUCUCAUCGUUGUUACGAUGUCUUCUCUUUGCUCGACGCGGACAAAACCGUAGGUGUUGUACGUGACUAUAUAUGCAUAGAGAAACGUGCGCUAUGCCGCACCAAGUGUUCUUAACUGUUUCAUGGGAUUCCUCGUACAAGAUAUAAGCCGGAGGACGAACGGGAUAUCGGUUUAAACUACAAUUUCUAUGAAAUGAAGAGAAGAAAAUCAAGAUGCUGAGAGCUGGGUCUAUAUUUGGUGUGUUGGUCCUGUUGAUCAUCGCAAAUAUCGUAAUGUCGAACCGUUGCCUAACGAAGCUCGAAGAGGUCAAUCCGAAGAGGGUGGUCCAGAUGGACGGACAAUCAUUGAGCAUUAAUUUCGAGGUUUCCGAUAGAGUGACGCAGAGGCUAUCCACGAUAAUAAUGAAAAUCUUCUUGACGGAAGUGCUCGGUUACACAGGAGUGUCCGUCUUUGAAGUCGAAGAUGAAUUCAAUGCGAGCGACACUUUCAGGAGGUUGACCGAUGGCGUCUCUUUCACUGGACAGAGAAUACUCCCAAUGUCAAUGGUGAACAUGGAGGUAUGGGUCCCGCCACAGUUGGACACGAUGCCAUUGUUAAACUCGAACGACGUGAAGGAAUGCGGUUCCAUUGCACCGCCAGGUCAUUUCGGUUGGUUCGUUCCCGAAUCGUUAUCCAGGCUCGGUGACAGUUGGAUAACCUUCGCCAGACGAGAGACAGUGGCUCGAUUCGAUGUCGAUGAAAUCACGUUAAAUAAAAUCAAGAAUUUCACCGUGAAUCCAGUCAACAGAACUUAUUACUGCAAGGAAACGUACUGUCAGCAAGGAAUGUAUGUUCCGGAACGAUGUCAGGGUCAACCUUGUGCUCUGCUAUUGACCAGUUAUCCAAAUGUAACUGACUAUGUGAGAGAACAUAUCGACGAGUUAAAUUUAUAUGUAAAAGUAAUUUGGGUCGGACCGAACCUGAAGCAUCUGACUGAAACGUUGAUCAGGGAAUACUCGACGGUGCCAUAUGCGAAUAGAUCUCUGGUGAUCUUGCACUGGACACCGAGCAGCGUGAUACCCAACGAGCGCGACUUCACAACCAUCGAAUUCCCCCGCUGCAGCAGUAAAACCACCGAAGUCGGUUGCAAAUACGAAUCCAACAGGCUGACGAAAUUAGUCUGGGCCAGGCUAGAGUACAUCGCGAAGCUCGCCUUCGAGGCGAUCAAUCACGCUAGGUUCACAGGCGAGAUGUACGAGGACCUGAUCAAUCGUUACAACAAAUUGUCAGGAAGCAUGGACGAAGAGGAAAUUGCGUGCGAUUGGUUGAGGGACAAUUUGAACUACACCCUGGACGUAUGGAUGCCGAACAAUGCCGACAAAAAUAUUCUCUUCGUGGGUGGGAUAUUCCCCAUGAACGAGGCGUUUUAUUCUGGUAAAUCGAUCCUGAUCGCAGCCAGAAUGGCGAAGGAAGCGAUCAACGUGAACAACACGGUCCUCAGGGAUUACAAUCUGACCCUGUUGGCUAGCGACGGUCAAUGCAAAUCGGACAUGGUGAUGAGGUCCUUCAUCGAUUACAUAGUUCACAAUCAGUACGAGAAAUUGGUCGGUGUCUUGGGACCAGCUUGCUCGGAAACCGUGGAACCACUCGUUGGAGUUUCGAAGCACUACAAGACGGUCGUCAUCAGCUAUAGCGCUGAAGGAUCCAGCUUCAACGAUCGCACGAAAUACCCGUACUUCUUCCGUACGAUCGGCGAAAACAAGCAGUACAAACAUGUUUAUCUGCAGCUGUUGAAGAAACUAGGAUGGCGACGAGUGGCGUCGUUGACGGAGGACGGACAGAAAUACACGGAGUACAUAUCCUACAUGCAAGACAUGUUAAGGGACAAUGGGAUCGUGUUCGUGGCGAAUGCUAAAUUCCCAAGAGAACGGGAGGCUGAUGUGAUGACUAAGUACCUGCAAGAUUUGAAGCAGAAAAGGGCAAAAAUCAUCAUCGCUGAUGUGUAUGAUCAAGUAGCUCGGCAAGUGAUGUGCGAGGCGUACAGAUUAGAAAUGACUGCUGUUCAGGGGUACGUUUGGUUCCUGCCUCUUUGGCUUCGCCCGGAAUGGUACGACACCGAUCAAUACAAUCAACAAGGGGAACAGGUGCCAUGUACUACGUUCGAAAUGAGCAAAGCUAUAAACGGUCACCUAGGUCUGUCGCACGCGUAUUUCGCUCCGGACGACGACAUUAUGCAACAAGGAAUAACUGUAAGACAAUGGCGCGAUCGUUACGAGCAAUAUUGUCAGAAGAAACGUCAACCACCUUCGAAUUACGCUGGUUUCGCCUACGAUGCCAUGUGGACGUACGCUUACGCGAUGGAUAGGCUUCUUAAGGAGAAUCAGAGCUACGUCUUUGAUCUUCAUAGUAGUCAGACUAUCAAUAGAUUGACGGACAUCAUUGGCGCGACGGAUUUCUAUGGGGUGUCAGGGAGGAUCAAAUUCUUCGGUGGUCCUUCAAGAUACUCGGUGAUCAAUAUUGUCCAGUUCGUCAACAACGAAACCCGACUGGUCGGUAAUUUCUACCCAAAUGUAUCAGAAACGAAACACGAAGUGGUCGGUGGUAGAUUGGACUUGAACGUGUCCGCCUUCACGUGGCUGUCGAAGACAAUGCCCGACGAUGGUUUAGAACCACCCCAACGAUGCGUGAUAGCCGGAUUCGCUGAUUUCUUGAACGUAUCCUGUGAAGUCGCUUUUGUUAUAGUUAAUUUCCUAGGCUUCGGUUUACUCGGCGUUAUUUUGAUCAUUGGAUUCUUCAUCAUUAAAAGAAAAUACGAACAGAAAGUACGUCUUCACGAGAAGUACAUCAAAUCAUUGGGCUUGGAUUUCGCACACGCUGACACUUCUGAUUUGGACAAGUGGGAAAUACCCCGAAAGAGUGUAGUGAUUAACCGAAAAUUAGGGGAGGGUGCAUUCGGUACCGUCUACGGUGGUGAGGCGUACUUCGCUGAAAAAGGGUGGCUCGCUGUGGCUGUGAAAACACUGAAAGUUGGAAGUUCCACCGACGAGAAAUUAGAUUUCCUUAGCGAAGUUGAAGUAAUGAAGAGAUUCGAACAUAAGAACAUCAUUAAAUUGUUGGGGGUGUGUAUCAAGGGCGAGCCUGUGUUAACCGUCAUGGAAUUUAUGCUGUAUGGUGAUCUGAAGACGUAUCUUCUCGCUCGAAGGCAUCUUGUUAAUAAUCAUGGUUACGAAGAUUCGGACGAAAUUUCGAAUAAAAAAUUGACCGCGAUGGCGUUGGACGUGGCCAGGGCGCUCAGUUACCUGGCUCAAAUGAAGUAUGUUCAUAGAGACGUUGCCUCUAGAAACUGUUUGGUGAAUGCUCACCGUGUGGUGAAGCUCGGUGACUUCGGUAUGACCAGGCCGAUGUACGAAAACGAUUAUUACAAAUUUAAUAGAAAAGGUAUGUUGCCAGUGAGAUGGAUGGCACCAGAAUCUCUAGGUCUAGGAAUCUUCACUCCAGCCUCGGAUGUCUGGUCCUAUGGUGUUCUACUUUAUGAGAUUAUCACUUUCGGCAGUUUCCCAUUCCAGGGGAUGAGCAACAACGAGGUGCUUACUCAUGUGAAGAAUGGAAACUCGCUGGCUGUUCCUAAAGGAGUGAAGUGCCAACUAGAAAAUAUGAUAUAUUCUUGCUGGAGGGUGGACCAUACGAAGAGGCCAACCGCCCCCGAGAUCGUCGAUUUCCUAGCCACGAAUCCCCGAAUAAUAUCCCCGUGUUUAGACGUUCCUUUGGCCAGCGUGCAGAUGGAGCACACCGGACAGCUCGAUAUGCAAUUAACAGAGAACUUCCGGAAAUUCUCUUUGCCCUGGCCACCUAAUGCUCAGACUACUCGAUCCUCCACGUCGAUCUCCAGUCCUUCGGAGAUGCCCAAUCCUCCUCUGCUCGACAUAAACUGCCAGGACGAUAAACAGAACCAAGACUCGCUAUUAGGUGACGCGACCUCCGAUCUGGACAGUACGAAACCUUUAUUGAUGAAUUCGGAAAAUUCGUCGUCGGGAAUAGCACUGCAAAAUUUGCAGAAGAACGAAGAACAGGCGCACAGAUACGUGAACAUUCAACCUGGUGUAUCAGCCAGCUUCGAUUAUCCUGGAAAAGGACGUAAAGAUCCUGGAAAUAUUCAAAUGGAAGAGAGGAACGCUAUGCUGUCGAAACAGAGGCAUUCGGAGGAUGUCUCGAUACUUUGACAGCACCAACCGCUAAUGAUUUCGCGACAGAAAUCAGUGGUGCACUUCUACAGGCGCGCCGAGGGCAUAUUUGGAAAAUAUGCGAAAUGGUCGUACAGAAAGUCGAGCGUUUAAUCGAUCAGCCAUGAUUGAUCAGAGGAUAACAUGAUUCCAAGUACGAUCUGGUAUAUCCCGGUUCCUCGAGAGGAACUUCAGGCAUCGUUAAACUUUUUGUUCACGUGAAGAUUAAAAUCCUGCCGAUUAAGUUGACGAUUAAACGAAGCUACAGACAAAUCAUAAGUACCAGUGAUGAACACGAUACGAUAUCAGUUGCAAUAAGCGAAAAUAUACCGGUGCGAGUAUGGAGAUGAACUGAUUCCGUAGAUUUUCGCUCAAUCCACUUUUGAGACUGAUACAUACACGCAUAUAUUAUAUAUAGAAGAAUUAAGUUAUCGAUGCGACAACGAUGGAAAUCUCUGGAAAAAUUUCAACAGAGAAGAAAUAUUUUUUUUUUUUCAUAGUUAUAAAGAAUUUGAGAUAAUUUCAAUAGAUAAAGAAUAAUGAAUAAAGUAUUUUCUUAUUUAAUGUAGAAAUUUCCAUCGAGGUUGCGACAAAGAGAAAUAAAAGAAAGGCUGCUUCAAUUACGACUGACAAACUUCGUUUCCGCGCAAAAUUUCACAAGUAGCAUUUUUUCUGUUCACGUACAGUCAUUUAUAAGAGUAUUGCAGUACACGAAAAGAUCGGUGACUGUUUGAAAACAAUUAAAUCAGAAGACUUUCCAGGCAAUCGUAUCGAGAAUAAGUUCGCGCAUUUUCAGACGAAUCAAAAGAAUAAAAAACAAGAGCAAUAUUUUUACACGGAGCACCAAUGUUCACGUAACCAUGACAUUUGUAUAGAGACGUAUAUAUUUUAUUCAAACACGUUUCAAAAUCGCCGGGAACAUAGUUAAUGAAGAUAAAGGGUCCGACUAGUCGCCCUUCCAGUUCCAAGUAUAUAUGUAUACACGAUAUAAUAUAUUUUUUGACCCGCCUUUUACGCAAUAUACCUAUUACUUAGCAAUUUAGAAGAAGAAGAAGAAGAAGAAGAACAAGAAGAAGAAGAAGAAGAAGUAGAAGAAGAAGAAAGCUGGGAAUCCAGUUUCUAGAUCCUCGCUAGAAUCCUAAUGAAAUGCAACAAAACGGUUACUAUAUUAUAUACAAGAUCACACCUAGCGAUUAUUUAUUAAUUUAACCAGAGAAACUCUGAUCGAGACUACUUUUUGUAAAAUACAAUUAACGUAUCAGAAUAUUCUCUUGUCGCGGGCUUCGUACUGAAAGCAAUUUAUUUUUAUUUAUAGUUAGAAACGUGGCUCGUGAUGAGAGGGAUGAUUAGUCUAUUUCUUUAGGUGCAAUAACAUUCUACGUCUUUGUAUAAACUACUAAAGAUUUCUUAGAUAUAUAUGUAUGUUAUUAAUGGGGUACAUGUCAGAGUGGCCAAUCUACUUUUAAAACACGAUUAUACAUGUUGAUGUUUGUAUAAAAUUUAUCAAAAUAUAUUCUAUUCUCGUUGUUUGAUAUCGGCGUGACUAGGUAGGGCGCAGGGUGAGCUUGCCCCCCUUCCAAAAAGAAACGGACUGGAACCCUUAUCAAUCGAAGAUUUUAAGAUUUGACCGUUCCAGAAUUCCAAAAUUCUAAUAAUUUUGAAAAACAUCCUAGUCACGUCGAAGUUGCUUGAAAUAUUUAUACUUUUAAUUAGAAAAUGAUAGAAAAAGAUAUUCAAUGAUAAUCAUUAGAAAUUAGAUUAUAAACACAGUGAUGAAUAGAUGUGAUUAUAAUAGAAAAAUUUCGUGAAAAUUUGUUUAAAUAUGUUUAAAUAUUGUUGAAAAUUUGUAAAUCUAUUGGUCACACGAAUUUGUACCUGUGUAACUACAGGUUGCCUGAAUUUUAAUGCCAAUGGUCAAAAAAACGAUAUUCUUUCGUUCCAUUAUAAUUAGUUUAUUAACAAGACGAUUUAUUUAUUUUCGUAUUUAUUAUGGAUGUCGAGACUUUGACCACUUUCGUUGCUCAUUAUUCUAAGGACGUUUUCAUACUUUAUAUGAUUUUUCUAGUAAAGCAUUUUUUUUUUCUUUUUGUUUUCUCUUUUUAUUUAUCCAAAGAAUAUGUUCCUAGUGUUUGACCAAUUAAAAUUCAGACACUCUGUGCCCUCUGUAAGCGUUAAACUAUCAUCGUUGUCUAGUUAACAAUUAUGAAUCAGUGAUGGGCAGAUAAAGUGCUCACUGAGAAGCUCGUGGGUAAUUUGGUAAUUUGAAGAUUUGAAAAUUAAGAAAUAUCAAAUUGAGAAGUUGAGUAAUUGACUAUCCAUCAUUACCCCUCGUGGGCAAAAUUGCCUAUUGCUGCUGUAAUCACAUAAGAUGACUGAGGGGAACGAUUAACCGACAGAAAGUAUUUUAAAAUUCUCACGUUAAUUCCAGUUCGUAGUUGCUUCGAAUUCACAAAACCAUGAAAUACCUUCAAUCGUACGUCCAUUUUUUUUUAUACCUUCGAAGCGAUUUAGAAAAAAAGCACUCGAUCAUAAUUCAUGUUACAUCGCGUCGAUCAACGACACGCUUAUCGUAGUACUUAGUGGUAAAUUUCUUCUUCUAUUUUCCUUUUUUUUUAUGCCGGGUAUAAUUAGACUAAUCAAGCAAACAUCUGUUUUCGAAGAUGUAACAAGGCUUUUCUUCUACAUUUUCUGUAGAAAAUGAAAAUGAAAUAAUCGUACACGAUAACGUGUACGGGACAGUACAAUCCUUCCUAAAUAGCUUUACAUUAAAUUUCACUGUAAUAAAAUCUAUCGCGAUGUUAUUUAUUCAUAAAUUGUACAGUUGUAGUUUUAUAUUCGUUGCAGAUGAUAAAAUGUAUGAAAUGUUACGCGUCUAUUGUUCUUGUACAGAUAUAGUUAUCGAUCGAUAACAUAUUUAUUAUGCUUUCACAAAUUAAAUUAUAUAGAAAAACG